CGAAAAGUUGAGGCCGUUAUCUUCCCGCGUAGAAACCUCUCUCUCUCUCUCUCUCUCUCUCUCUCUCUCGAAUCUCACCAUCUGAUGGCGUCAAUUUCAGCCGCUGGAUUUCUGCCGCAACCCCUCGCCUUCUCUGCCGGUACCGGAAGAGCUUCUCCAACUGUGAGACCAAUAGCAUGCUUUUCACUGAAGCAGCAACAAUCUCAGCUGAUUGACCGAAGAAAAGUAACGGUAAUUGGGACGGUUGGGUUACUCGCCGCCGCUCUCUGGCAUUCUUCCGACGGAGAUAUUGGAACGGCAAUGGCUGCCUCAUCUGGAUUUACUGAUAUGCCUGCACUUAGGGGAAAAGAUUAUGGGAAGACCAAAAUGAGGUAUCCAGACUACACUGAAACAGAAUCAGGUCUUCAGUACAAGGACUUGCGGGUGGGGGAUGGCCCUACACCCAAUAUGGGAGAUACAGUUGUGGUUGAUUGGGAUGGCUACACUAUAGGAUAUUAUGGCCGCAUAUUUGAAGCUCGAAACAAGAGCAAAGGCGGUUCCUUUGUGGGAGAUGACAAAGACUUCUUCAAAUUUAGACUUGGAUCCCAAGAGGUGAUUCCAGCAUUCGAGGAAGCAGUUUCAGGAAUGACUCUUGGUGGUGUUAGAAGGAUCAUAGUUCCGCCGGAACUGGGAUAUCCCGACAAUGACUACAACAAAAGUGCCCCCAAACCAACGACCUUCUCGGGUCAACGAGCAUUAGAUUUUGUGCUGAGGAACCAAGGGCUUAUAGAUAAGACUCUACUGUUCGAUAUUGAGCUGCUGAAAAUCGUUCCAAAUUGAUUUUGGCUCAAAGGUCAUCAUUGCCUAAACAACUAGAAACCGAAAAUAUAUCGAGGGAAGUUUUCUGAUACUGUAAGUAACUGGGAGUUGAGGACUUGAGGUCCUCCAUGGCUGAAAAUAUUGGAAAACAUAAUGAGCAAAGAAUGUGAAUUAUCUCUUUGAAGCAAGCAGGGAGGCCAUGUUUCAUCCACCAAGUUCUAGCUAUUCUUGAAAUAUAGAACAACUCUCGACAAUUUUUUUUGACGUUUUAUAUAUUAUCAACUAAAAUUUAAUGGUGUGAAGAAAGAUGUGAUAGUCCAUUGUGUCCAAAUUCUGUAAUGAUCCAAAUCCUCAUUUCAGUGUCAGAAAGUUCUUGUA